AUGUUUGGGUGAAGCAGGGAGCCAGCCGAAGCGCCCCUCGGGUGGGAGCGCCGCCAAGGUAACAUGCGAAAGCAAAACCUCAUCGCGCUGCUUUCUGCCCUGUCGCUGGCCGGAGGAUCUGCCAGCGAAGGCUCUGAAAAUGAUGAUUUGGGAGAUGGAUUGCCGACAUUAUCCACUGUUACAGUAACGCCUCCUCCUGCUACGCAUCCUUUGACCUCGGAUGACCACAACCCAAUACAUGUCACUGCAAUCGCUACUGAAAGCAGCUUUGAAACAAGUACUCCAAGUACUGAACUGAAUGCCAUAAACAAUCAGGACAGCCUAGAACCAGCAGAACAGUCUAUCUUGAUAUACGUUGUCCCCGUCGUGCUGCUGGUCCUGCUGAUUUUGCUGAUCGUAUUUUUUGUAAUACAUCAUAAAAGGAAAAAGUCAAAGCAAGAUGAGCUGGGAAGCGAAAAUGUGAAAAGUCCUAUUUUUGAAGAAGACACGCCCUCUGUUAUGGAGAUAGAAAUGGAAGAGCUUGAUAAAUGGAUGAACAGCAUGAACAAAAAUGCUGACUGUGAAUGUUUGCCUACUGUAAGAGAAGAAGAAAAAGAAUCAACUGCCAACCCGAG